AUUUGGAUACUGCCACAAGGGGGCUGCUGUUUCAAGAAAACCUAUAAGAACGACAGGUAACUGACAUCACUUCUUACUCUAUUAAACUUUGUGUAUUAUAUACACAAGUAUCAAUUGUGGUUCUAUUUUAAAUCCUUAAUGUAAUAUUUGGACGGAUGAUUUUUCUAGGUUUUCUACUGCAAAGUAAUAGUAACACAAGUAAAACACGACAAAAAAGUCAAAUUUAACGUGUGUUUACACGCAAUAAUUUUUUCAGUGGCUAAAAUCCAGUUAAACACUCUAGUUCAUAAAAUAAACAAGGUUUCCUUGUCGAGUUUUCUUUAAAAGAGGUUCUUAACAGUGGGCGAGUUAAGACAUGCGCUAAGUAAUCCUUCUCCUGGCAGAGGGGAAUACCUCAACUCUUUCAGUGAACUCGUUUAACCCCUUCUGGCGUAUAUUUUUUUCUUGCUAGCAAGAACUGUUUGACGCUUAAAAAAAUGUAUUCCACAGUUUCUUCAGUUUACCCAGUUUCCUCCCGUCUUAUUUUCGUGUUCGCGCUUUUUUAAUUCAGCGGGCGGACUAUCUCGGAGCCUGGAACAGGCUAAUUCCAACCUGUGUUAUAAUCUACUGCUACUUUAGAAUCUUUACAACAGUUCGCCACCACAAUAGCAAUCUUCAUCACCCUGGCAAUCCAAUAAGCACGGUAAACGUCGAAGAACUUAAGGUGGCUCGCACCAUACUUGUUAUAGUGGUGUUUUUUAAUUUGUGCUGGAUUCCAAUCUUUACAAUUGACAUUUUGGACACGAUUUUUCAAAGUUGGAUCUUCCCUCCCGAGGUAUAUGUGGAAUAUACUUUCUUUGGCGACUAUAAGCAGCGCUUUGAAUCCUUUAAUUUACGGUGUGCUCAACAAGAGUUUUUGCAAGAAUUAUCUGAAUGUACUACGUUGCAGAUGCUGCCGAUCUCAAGCUGUCGUAGAACCAUUGGCUCUGCGAGUAAUAGCGGGUGUUGUCGCCAUGGUACCAUUGCCUUAAUUACAAGAUACAGAUGGAAACGAAUUAGCAAUUUUGGUUGUGUCACAUUUAACUUUUUUUUACCUGGAGUGUGA